CAAGGCUCUGCAGAGACAUCAGACUGACCUACACUCUGAAUCAGGAUGCAGAGUUUUUCUUCCUUCUGUGUUGUCCUGCUGGGCUGUACGAUCCUCGGAGUGCAGCAAUCAGAAGCUGCCCCUCGCUCGUCUUGUCCCCCGGGAUGGUUUUUCUACAAAGCAAACUGUUAUGGAUAUUUUCGAUUCCGACUGACCUGGUCUGAAGCUGAGUUUGAGUGUGCUAGUUAUGGACAUGGUGCCCAUUUGGCCUCAGUUAUGGAUGAGUCAGAGGCUUCAAUCAUCGCAAGUCAUGUUUCUGCUUAUUCACCCAAUGUAGAUGUUUGGAUCGGACUCCAUGAUCCUGAGCAGAACCGGCGUUGGAAGUGGAAUGAUGGCUCUAUGUACAACUUUAGGGCUUGGCAAAACGGAGAACCCAAUAACCAAGGGAACGUGGAGUAUUGUGUAGAGUUGCUUAUAGGAUCCAAGUUUCUAAAGUGGAAUGAUGCUCCAUGCAAGAUAGAAAACCACUUUGUGUGCAAAUACAAACCGUAAGAGCUUCGUACAUCCCAGGGAGACAGCAGACAGAUGGGGCGAAUAUUUAUCAAUCCGAACUGUGGAAUUCUGAAUAAAUCACUCUUACAGAAUAA